AUGCACUUCGCCGCCUACCUUUCCCUCCUGCCCCUGCUGGGCACCGCCGUCUCGGCCUGGGACGCGCCCAGUUACAGCGGCUACCGGCUUGUCUGGGCCGACACCUUCGCGGGCCCGAGCGGGCAGCUGCCCAACGAGAACAACUGGAACAUCCUGGACGGCAACCUGGGCGUCAACAACGAGCUGCAGACGUACCGGCGCAGCGCGCGCAACGUGCAGACCAGCGGCGGCAACACGCUGCAGGUGGUGCCCUGGAAGGACGGGUCUUCGUGGACGUCGGGCCGCGUCGAGUCCAAGUACACCUUCACGCCGCAGCCGGGACGGCGGACCAUGGCCGAGGCGCAGAUCCGGUUUGGCGGCAACGAUAUCGGCACCAAGCAGGGAAUCUGGCCGGCAUUUUGGCUGCUGGGUGACUCGAUCCGCUCUGGCACGCCCUGGCCGGCCUGCGGCGAGCUGGAUAUCCUGGAGACGGUCAACGGGCAAUUGACGGGUUACGGGACUAUUCACUGUGGCGUCUACCCCGGCGGCGUUUGCAACGAGCCCACGGGGCGCGGCGGCACGGUAUCCAUCCCCAACCAGGACUGGCAGCGCUGGCGCAUCGUCUGGGACCGCACCACGGGCGACUGGCGGUCCGAGACCAUCACCUGGUUCAUGAACGACAGCCAGUUCCACCAGGUCCGCGGCGACCAGAUCAACGACCAGACUGUCUGGACCAGCCUGACUGCCAAGCCGCUGUUUUUCAUUCUGAAUGUUGCUGUGGGUGGGAACUGGCCUGGAUACCCCAACGACCGCACCCUCGGCGGCUAUGGCGCCAUGAUGGAGGUUGGAUAUGUGGCUCAGUACUCUUCUUGA